AUGACAGCGGGAGCCCAACCCCAAACAACCACCAGAAGCAUCUACGAACACGAUGCGCAUGCGCUAAUCCUGCCAUGUCUCGCCACGCAUCUCCCACACUCCAUCUCACUCCUCCGACGCAUCCAGCAUGGCAUCCACCAUCCAACCCCGACCGCCAGGGUCCUGGCCACUUUCCCACCGGGCGCUCGUCCCCCUGACGACGCGCCGUGGCUGGCUGCGCGAGUGGAUCUUUUCCGUGGUCGCGAGACCCAAAUGAUCGUCUACUCUAGUCUGGAGAAAGGGCACACGUCAAAUAAGCCGAUCAAGAUCGCCGACACAAUCCCUGGCACUGACGGUACCGAAGACAAUAAUUCAUCACCGUCCUAUAUUGUUUCCACCUUCGAUGCGCCCCAGCCUGUGCUCGACACCGUCCGUGACCAACUAUUCUCGCUACUCGUCUACAUCAAAAUCAAUCUACUCCCGACCUAUCUAGCUUCCCUUUCAGCUGAAUCUCCAACCGAGAAGACAUCUCACAAUGGAUCUACUACCGCCAAUAGCAAGCCCACUAGCGCAAACAAAGCUGUCACCCUGAUCCCCGCCCCACCGCCAAAAGCCUUCCUAAUCGGCACCCUCCACACAGCCCUAUUCUCCCUCCUACAACAAACAGGCUCGGAAGUUUUCGCCGCUUCGAGAAACGCCCUCGACGGGUCCUCCGCGACCCCAGUACCCGGACUCCGGGUCCAUCGCUUCGACGACCCACCGUACUACAAGUUCUUCUUCCGCCGGGCGGCGUUUACCCAAGACACUGACUCGGUUUUGCCAGCGGGUUACCGAUUUCAUGAUCGGGAAGGCAAGACCGGUGUUCUCGACUCACAGCUUGACCUUGUUCAAAGCCGGACGCAUAUUCCCCGUUCUCGAGCGCAGUUGCGUUUGAUGCCUGGGUCGGCGAUCUACGUAGACUCGCAGCCGGGCGUGGCCGAAGAAGAAGCGGAAGGGGAGGAAAUGCCCAUUGCGUGGGCAUUUUUGGGCCUUGAUGGGGCUUUGUCGACGUUGCAUGUUGAAGAGGCGCAUCGGGGGAAGGGUCUUGCGCUUGCGUUGUCCAAGGAGACUAUGCGCCGGGGCUUGGUUUCCGAUAGUGUUUUUGGAGCAGGUGCGUUUGAUGUGCAGGGGGAUGAGCAGCUGGUGGAUGAGAUUGAGGGGUGGGUGCAUACUGAGGUUGCGCAGUAUAAUGUUGCUAGUCGUAGGGUUAUGGAGAAAAUUGGGGGUGAGGUUUUGUCUACUGUUAUGUGGACGGUUAUUGAGGUUUGUGAUUGA